AUGGCCACUCCCGGUGCUCAGAUUUCCAAGCGGAGAAAGUUCGUCGCCGACGGUGUUUUCUAUGCCGAGCUGAACGAGUUCUUCCAGCGCGAGCUGGCUGAGGAGGGAUACUCCGGCGUCGAGGUCCGCGUCACUCCUACCGUCACCGACAUCAUCAUCCGCGCCACCCACACCCAGGAGGUUCUCGGUGAGCAGGGUCGCCGCAUCCGCGAGCUCACCUCCCUCAUCCAGAAGCGCUUCAAGUUCCCCGAGAACAGCGUCUCCCUCUACGCCGCCAAGGUCCAGAACCGCGGUCUGUCCGCCGUCGCCCAGUGCGAGUCUCUCCGCUACAAGCUCCUCAACGGUCUUGCCGUCCGCCGUGCCUGCUAUGGUGUCCUCCGCUUCAUCAUGGAGAGCGGCGCCAAGGGUUGCGAGGUCGUCGUCUCCGGCAAGCUCCGUGCUGCCCGUGCCAAGUCCAUGAAGUUCACCGACGGCUUCAUGAUCCACUCCGGCCAGCCUGCCAAGGACUUCAUCGACAGCGCCACCCGCCACGUCCUGCUGCGCCAGGGUGUCCUGGGUAUCAAGGUCAAGAUCAUGCGCGGCUCCGACCCCGAGGGCAAGUCUGGUCCCCAGAAGUCCCUGCCCGAUGCCGUCACCAUUAUCGAGCCCAAGGAGGAGCAGCCCGUUCUCGCUCCCGUCAGCCAGGACUACGGCGCUAAGGCCGCCCAGGCCCAGGCUCAGGCCGAGGCUGCGCGACAGGCAGAGCAGGGUGGUGAGGAGGAAGCUGCCCCCGAGCAAUAG